ACUGUCGUGCAUUCUGCUCGGAAGUUCGCAAAAAUGUAAAGUUGUUUUAUAAGCAAGACUACAUUAUACAAAAACAGGUUUUGUCUGAGCUUUUGUGGCGUGUGUGUGCGUGUGCGUGCGUGAGUGCGCGCGCGCGUGUGUUGGCCGUCAUGCCUCAGCCACAGCCAGAGUGAAAGUCAAGCCUCUGUCGUUAUGACGGGCAAAUAUCGAUGAAAGGAUUAUUAUACAGGAAAUCCAAAGGAUAGCUGCACUUUAGAGUUGUGUAAAUAUGCCUCAUCGGUCACAGUGUUCCUCUGCUGGGGACAACCCCCUGGACCCCAACUACCUGCCCCCUCAUUACCGCGAGGAGUACCGGAUAGCUAUUGAUGCACUGGUUGAUGCCGACCUUGAAGGCUACUAUGGAUUUUUACAGGAAGCAAAUAUGGUCGGUUUCUUAUCGCAAACAGAGAUCGAGUAUAUCAAAUGCACGGUGCGGACGCCGCAUCCGACGGUUCAGCCAGACAGGAGAUACAUGGUCGAAGAUGCAGACGGCUCUUCUGACACUUACUGGCCGGUUCAUUCGGACCAUGACGCUCCAAGCCUGGACUUGGGCUGGCCACAGCAUUCUAGAUUCGCUGGACCCACAGAGGUCACUACGCUGGUCAACCCAUCUGAUCCGGAGAUGCCCAGUAUUAAGGAGCAAGUGCGCAGAAUGAUUAAGAGUGCACAAGAAGUUGUUGCUGUGGUGAUGGACAUGUUUACAGAUGUUGAUAUCUUCUUCGAUAUUCUUACUGCAGCGAUGCGUGGUGUGGCUGUUUACAUUCUUCUUGAUGAACUGAAUGCACACCAUUUUGUUUCAAUGGUGAACAACUGUAGGGUGAAUCUGGAUGAAAUAAAAUGCAUGAGAGUAAGAACUGUGUGUGGCAGUACUUAUUUCUGCCACACAGGCAAGUCUUUCAAAGGUCAGAUGAUGGAUCGCUUCAUACUGGUUGAUUGCAGGGCAGUUUUAACUGGAAACUAUAGCUUCAUGUGGUCUUUUGAGAAGAUACAUCGCUGCCUAGCGCAUCUGUUUCUCGGACAGCUUGUGACCACCUUUGAUGAAGAGUUUCGAAUUCUGUUUGCCCACUCGGAGCCGCUGGUCGUCGAAGACAUUUUGGCAAAUAUGUCACAGUACAGCAAUGUAAAUGAAAGCCAUCUAAACAUGGAUAACGCCCACAUGUUGAAGAGAGAAUAUCCACCUGUUCAUCCUGAAUGGGUUGAUCAUUCUGCAGAAAAACAAAUGAAUGUAGGACACCAAAUAUUUCCCUUUAGAAACCCUGAACCAUACGGAGCAGAGAAAAAUCCCUCCACUCAGAGACACAUGAACAUGCAUGCAGUUCAACAAUUUCGAGGAGACCAACCAUUUAUAGAGCAUGGAAGACCAAUGAGAGGACCAUUUGAAAUGGCUGGAUUCAAAAGGCAUGGCUAUCCAGAUGUACCAGAAUAUGAAUACAUGCCCCCUCAAAACCAGCCAACAAUCCGGGGCAAACAGUUAAUGGAGGGAGUUGUUCCCAAGGGCAGCCACUUUGCAAGGGAACCAGGUCUUUACCAGGGAUCUGGAUUUCAGCCUGAUUAUGACAUGUAUGGCAGAUUCAGAGACCAAGGCUACCCCAUGGAUCAGUUUUCAGAGGCUGGUUAUCCUCAUGAGGUAGACGUGGCUGAACUACCGGGUGCUUAUGACCAUGUCCAAAGAUUCUUGCGGUCUCAAUCUCCUAUGGAGGAAGGACCUGGUGCCGGAAAUUUAGUUCCACCUGCGCAGUCUAAUGUCAGAAGACAUAGCAUGGGUCAGUCUUAUGCUUGUCAGACGUCCCCCACAGCACCAAACCAACCAGACCAGAAACGUCUCUUCAAUGCAAAUCGCAAAUCACAGGAUGUGAGCCAGAAGCAGGGGCUGCGAGAUUGGAGGAUUAGCUCAUACCUUAGUGCAUUUGAUGAUGGAGAAGAUCCUGAUCUUUCUGAACUUGAAGGAUCCGACCUUUGUGAUAACGUUCCAUGUUUUGUUCAGGAAGGGCCUGGUGGCCCCGUUGGUGCCAAAAGCAGACCUGGAAACACUGAGUUUAACACAAUGCCUUCAUCUAGGAACAAUCCACCUUUUAUUCAGAUUCAAAACAGCUCCCCUCCGCCUUACAGUUUAGCUGACCAUCCACCAGGCUUACCUGAGAAUUUUAAAAUAACACCAACAACAACAUCAGAGUCAUCUUGUACCACUGAGGGGGACAAAGUGGAGGAGACACAUUAUAAAAAGCCAAAAGAGACCAACCGGUUUGGUGAGGAGUUUCUCAGGAGCAAACCUGUUCACAAUGUCCAGAGGAGUUCCAGACUAAGACACUCAUUGAUAUUCAGUUCAAAUUUGGAGUUGAACACUUCAGAUGAUUCAAAAGAUAUCUUAGGAGAAAAAGAUGGAGAUGAGGCUUCAAAACUUUCAGCUCGUGUGUCACAUAUCUUGGAUAAAAGGAGGGGUAGUGCAAGGGAGCCAUUUCAGUGGAGGAGUUUUAUAAAGCCAACCACAGUUGAUGACCAAGCCAUGGAGUCUGCACACUCUGAGACUUCACUGAAUAAAAUUGGGGUCAGUAAUGUUGACAAAGGCCUUUUGCAAGAGGAAAAACCACCAGAAACUGUGCAAUCAGCAGUUUUAGAAGUACAAAGUGAAAAAGAUGAGUCGCAAAUAAGGCCAAAGUCAUCCUCAUUCGUAGAUAUGAAUGACCCAGACUCCAGAUUGAGAUAUUUCAAAGAGUUAGCAGCUAAACGCAAAGCUGAAUUUGCAGCAGUCACAACUUCUCAAAGCAAACCAAAGAUGUUAGAUGUACCUGACAAACCCUCAAUGAGUGAUGAAGUAGACAAGGCAAAAGACAAGGCCGUUGUCACGAUACCAGUGAUUCCAAAAACUAAAUGUGAGGAAUCUGGUGCAGACAUUCCAGAAACUGUUAAAUCGGCCAUUCAGGAUGAGAAAAGCAGAAGAAAUGAGUCAAACGAAUUGCAAAGAUCAUUUUCAUUCUUAGAUAUGAAUGACCCAGACUCUAGAUUCAGAUAUUUUAAAGAGUUAGCAGCUAAACGCAAAGCUGAACUUGCAGCAGACAAAACUUCUCAAAGCAAGCCAGAAAAAGCCCCAAAGAUGUCUGAUGCACCUGAGAAGCCCUCAAUGAGUGAUGCAGAAAAAAGGGCAGCUCUCACGACACAAGAGAUUCAAGACACCAAAUGUGAGGAAUCUGGUGCAGACAUUCCAGAUAGAGUUCAAUCGGCCAUUCGGGAUGAAAGAAGCAAAAGAAAUAAGUCAAAUGAAUGGCAAAGAUCAUUUUCAUUCUUAGAUAUGAAUGACCCAGACUGUAGAUUUAGAUAUUUCAAAGAAUUAGCAGCUAAACGCAAAGCCGAACUUGCAACAGUCACAACGUCUCAAAGCAAGCCAGAGAAAGCCCCAAAGACAUCUGAUGCACCUGAAAAGCCCUCAAUGAGUGAUGUAGAAAAAAAGGCAGCUCUCACGACACAAGAGAUUCAAGACACCAAAUGUGAGGAAUCUAGUCCAGACAUUCUGCAUAGAGCCACAGAUGCUGAAAAAAUUAGAUUAAAGAAAAAACUUGCAGAAGAGUCUGCCUUAUCUAUAAAUUCUUUUCAAAAAGAACCAGUUAUGGAGACAAACACAGAAUCUAAAAAUCAGUCAUCCUCUGUCUGUACACAACAGCCGAUAUGUGUUUUGUCUGGAAAGUCUUUGCAUCCUGUUACAAAAAAUGUUGAGUCCCUCUCUGUACCUGCUCCAUUUAAAGCCAGUUCCUCACAAAAACAAGUAGGUUCUGUUGAAUUAAGAACUGCUUCAACAGAAUCUAUGCACACCCAAAAUGACAUUCCAGAAGAAUUAAGCCCCUCACAUGUUGAUUUAACAGAUAGUUGUUACCCUGUAAAACUUUCACAGACAACGUGCUUGUCACCACUAACAUCAGCAAAGGAGGCAGAGUGUUUCCAGCAGCCAACUGUAACAGAGGCAGAUUCCUUACAAGGGCCUGCGACAUCGGGGGUUCAUUCUUCCAAAAUCCCUACUGCAACAGAGAAAGCCCAAAAACAUACUGCAACAGAGGCAGAGUCUUUUCAACAGCCAACUUCAAGGGGGGCACACUCUUAUCAACAGCCCACUGAACAAGAAAGUGCAUCUUUACAAUGUUUUGCUGCAAUUGAUAAAGACCACUCUGAAAAGUCUUUUGUAAUGAAAGCAGAGUCAUUCCAACAACUCCCUGCAACAGAACCUGCUAAACCUGCUGAAUUGCACACGACUACUGUAACAGAGACAGACCUUUUACAACAACCCAAUACAACACUAAAUGAAUCAUUGCAACACCCCUCUGCAACAAAGACUGUCUCUUUCCACCAGCCUAGCGCAGUAGAAAGUAAACAUGCUGAGCAAUCCAUUCAAACAGAGGCAGAGUCUUUCCAACCCUCCAUUAUAGCAAAGACAGACUCUACACAACAGCCCAAUGCAUUAGGGGUACAAUCUUCCAAAAUCCAACCUGCAGAAAAGGAACAUUCCCAAAAACCUAUGGCAACAGAGACAGAAUCUGUUCUACUGUCCACAUUAGCAGAAACAGACUCUUUACAACAGCCCACUGCUGCAGUAAAUGAAUCUUUGCAACACCCCGCUGUAACAGAAGCAGACUCUUCCCAACAGCCCAUUGCAUUGGGGGUGCAAUCUUCUAAAAUCCCCAGUGCAACAGAAAAUGAACAUGUCCAUAAACUUUCUGCAACAGAAAAUAAAGAUCCCCAAAAACCCACUGCAAUGGAGGUAGAUUCUUCCCAACACCCUUUUGCAAAAGAUCCCAAACAACUUACUGUAACAGGAAAUGAAGAUACGCAAAAACAUGCUGCAGCUCAGCCACAAUCUGUCCAAAACCCACCUGCAUCAGAAAAUAAAGAUGCACAAAAACCUGCUGCAGCUGAGGCACAAUCUGUCCAAAACCCACCUCCACCAGAAAAUGAAGAUGCCAAAAAACCUGCUGCAGCUGAGGUGCAAUCUGUCCAAAACCCACCUGCAACAGAAAAUAAAGAUGCCCAAAAACCUGCUGCAGCUGAGGCGCAAUCUGUCCAAAUCCCACCUGUAUCAGAAAAUAAAGAUCCCCAAAAACCUGCUGCAGCUGAGACACAAUCUGUCCAAAACCUAUCGGCACCAGAAAAUAAAGAUGCCCAAAAACCUUCUGCAGCUGAAUCACAAUCUGUCCAAAACCUACCUGCAUCAGAAAAUAAAGAUGCCCAAAAACCUGCUGCAGCUGAGACACAAUCUGUCCAAAACCCACCUGCAACAGAAAAUGAGGAUGCCCCAAAACCCACUGCAAUGGUGGCAGACUCUUCUCAACACCUCCCUACAACAAACAAUGAACAAAAACUUCCUGCAACUGAGGCAAAAGAGUCAAACUCUUCAACUGAAAGUGAACUUGUUAAAAAAUCAGCCACAGAGCAGGUGACUGAUUUCCAGCAACCAAUAGUGAAUCCUGCAGACUCUUCCGAAACAUCCAAUUCAACAGUAGAUGCUUCAAAUGUUUCCCAAAAGGCCACUGCUGAAGAAAGUCAAUCUUCUGAACCCUCCACUGCAAAAAGGGAAGACUUCCAAGAAUCUAAUGCAGGAAGAGGGGACUCUUCCCAACAGCCCACAACAACAAGUAAUGUACCUUCCCAACACCCCACUGACUCUUUAAAACAGCCAGCCAAAUCAAGAGAAGACUCUUCCCAAAGUCCUGCUGAAACAGGCACAGAUUCUGUAAUGGUAACAGAAAAGGAAUCUUCCCAAAACCCCACCCCAGUGGUGUUAGACACUUCCAAACAUCCUAUUGCAACAGAGACACCAGCCUCUGUGUGUGUAUCUGCAUCUCCAAUCAAAGUCACGUUAUCUCCUCAGACUAUCUCCUUUACUGACACCACUCCAGCAGAUAGUCACAUAUUGUUCAAGAAAGACAUAGUGGGUAUGUCUACAACAGAGACUAAUUUGGAUCACAAUUUAUUGAUACCAGCAGUGAGCACUUUGCAAAAUAGUGAAGUCAGCACCCCUCAACAGAGUCCAACAGAUGGUGAAUCAUCUCCUAAGGUUGUCCUGCCCAUUACAACUUCAACAGAACCAAGCCCAUCAGAAGGAAGUAGCUCAUCUAAAACUGAGCAAAAGGAUGAUAACUCUGGCCAGGACAUUACCAAACAAGGAUCCAUCCCAGCUACUGACAUUACUCCAGGAGAUAACAUGCUAUCUCAAAAUAUCACCACAGACUCAGGUUCAUCACCUGAGCAUUCCCAAACGGACACUUUCUCUGAUGUAGCCAAACCUUGUGCACACACUGAUGAUAGCAAAAUGGAACUACAUUCCUCCCUGGAGCAAACACCGGACAAACCAUCAGAGCCAUGCCUGAACUCAACAGGGCUUGACGCAAGUUGUUUAAAUGAUCCAAAACCUAAGGAGGAACACCAAACACAAAAUAACUCUUCAGCUAGACCUGAGGGUCUUGAGUUAGCUGAGGUUUCCACAGCACUGGACCCUGUCCAAAUUGAUGAAACCAAACUAGCAGCGGUGUCUGAACAAUCAGAAAGCAGUUUGACGCCAAACAGUGUAGAAAAUGCAAUAAGUCAGACCAGUGUUACAGAAAAUCUCAAACUUUCCACACAUCAGUCAUCUACUGCUGGUGUUCUCUCGUGUAGCAACCUUAGAGAUGAUACUAAAGUUCUUUUAGAGCAAAUUUCAGCAAAGAACCAAAGCAGAUCAUCCCAGUCCAAACAGACUCCAGCCAAUGAAGAGAAAAAGGAAGGGGUUAGGUCUGUAGAGCAACAGCUUUCAACUUUUCCAGUAGGGACCUGGUCAUCCAAAGCUUCGCCAGAAGAGCGGGAAAUGUUACUAAAAAAGAUGGAACAAAUGCGAAAAGAAAGAAAAGUCUACAGCCGUUUUGAGGCCUCAUGUUAACGUGGGAUUAAACCUUAUGGACGAGUGGCUCGAACAAGAAGAGGGAAGCAAUUUUGCCUUGUUUUCCCUCGGUCUUACCUCAUAACUGUGAACCUGCACAAACUUGUGUUUUUUGAUGUGUUACUAUAACAAAUGUUGCUCCCUAACUGCAAGACUUGACUUGAUGUCUGUCAAGAUUGUAGAUCUUGCGUCAUGCCUGAACUCCUGAACAGAUCAUUGAUCUAAAUUAAUGACAGAAGACCAAAAAACUAACCCUACCUGCUGGAUAAGAUUCAGAUAGGGUUUCCUAUGUAUAUAUAGUUGUAAAAUCAAUUUCUAAACCGUUUGUAAUUAUCUGGAUUUUAUGCAUAUUCUAUCUAUAUUCUGAUAUGGAUAUUAUCAUGAUCUGACAAAGAUACAUUUGUUUGACAAACAAGAACAGGGAAGUAAUUAUUAAGCAGAACAAGACACGGCUGUAACCACAAUAGACAUUGAGAGAGGACAUGCCGCCCCCCCCAAAUAAUCAGAAACUUUGAUCUUAUUGUUCUUAAUAUCUGAAUGUUUUAGUUCAUGUUCAAGAUGUGUUUAACAAGAAGUACUACUAAAUGUGAACUAUAAGUGAUAUGUCACUAUAAAAUAUUGGGUGGGAUUUUUGUUGAAUAAAUCUAUUUAUGUCUUAAAAUAAAACUUUAAGAGCCUUUUGUAUACAAAUCCAGAUAAUUCUCGAGACUUCACAAACGAUCUAAUCAUAAAACAAUAUUUUGUAUUUCCAAUUUACUGUGUAAAUACAUAGUAUGUUUUUUCUUUAUCACUGAUUUGACAAAAAUAUAAUGUUAAACAUUAUGGUGAAAUGUGCUUAUAUGUUUAAUAAACAUUAGCUGAUGUAUAAAUUGUGAUGUAAGAUUUAGUAUAGACGAAUGCAACACUAGUCUAGUUUAUCUGUAUCAGAAAUGGUCUUACUGCCAACUUUACUCAACAGAUUAAAAAUGUGCAAUAUUGUAAGUUUAAGAUGAGAUUUUUGAGUUUUUUUUAAUUGCAAAAUGUGCAUGUUAUAGGCAUUGUUUAUGUGGGACAGCAUCUGUUUCUGACGAAUGUCCUUAACCAGAUUUGAAGAAGAUCAAUACUGUCUCAAAAAUCUGUUAAGGUUUUUUACACUGACAUGAAAAUAAAAAGUUUAUUAAAAAAAAA